UCCCCGGCAGCCGCAGACCCGCCGCCUGGCAAGAGGAAGAGCAGCAGCCUCAGCAGCCGCAGCCGCAGCAGCGACGGGGGCGCCAUGUGUGGUAUCUUUGCUUACCUGAAUUACCAUGUUCCCCGGACCAGGCGGGAGAUCUUGGAGACCCUAAUCAAGGGGCUUCAGAGACUGGAGUAUCGGGGAUAUGACUCCGCAGGGGUUGGAAUCGAUGGUGGGAAUGAGAAAGACUGGGAGGCCAAUGCCGGCAAGAUCACGCUCAUUAAGAAGAAAGGGAAAGUGAAGGCUUUGGAUGAAGAAGUUAACAAACAGCAGGAUAUAGAUCUGGACAUUGAGUUUGAUGUGCACCUUGGAAUUGCUCACACCCGCUGGGCCACCCAUGGCGAGCCUAAUCCAGUCAACAGCCACCCGCAGAGAUCAGACAAAAACAACGAAUUUAUUGUUAUCCACAACGGAAUAAUCACAAAUUACAAAGACCUAAAAAAGUUCUUGGAGAGCAAAGGCUACGAAUUUGAAUCGGAAACUGAUACCGAAACCAUCGCAAAGCUUGUCAAGUACAUGUACGACAACUGUGAAAGUGACGAUAUAAGUUUCACCACCUUGGUGGAGAGGGUCAUUCAACAGCUGGAGGGGGCUUUCGCUCUGGUGUUCAAAAGUGUUCAUUAUCCUGGCCAGGCAGUUGGCACAAGAAGGGGGAGCCCGCUACUCAUCGGAGUUCGGAGCGAGCACAAGCUUUCCACCGACCAUAUUCCAAUCUUGUACCGGACAGGCAAGGACAAGAAGGGCACCUGCAGCCUCUCCCGCAUGGACAGCACCACCUGCCUCUUUCCCGUGGAGGAGAAAGCCGUGGAGUACUACUUCGCCUCGGAUGCCAGCGCUGUGAUUGAACACACCAACAGGGUGAUUUUUCUGGAAGAUGAUGACGUGGCAGCUGUGGUCGAGGGCCGCCUCUCCAUACAUCGGAUCAAGAGAACUGCUGGAGAUCAUCCUGGCCGGGCGGUUCAGACCCUCCAGAUGGAACUGCAACAGAUCAUGAAGGGCAACUUCAGUUCGUUCAUGCAGAAGGAAAUAUUUGAGCAGCCAGAAUCUGUCGUGAACACCAUGAGAGGGAGAGUCAACUUCGAUGACUACACAGUGAACCUCGGGGGCUUGAAAGACCAUAUCAAGGAGAUCCAGCGAUGCCGGCGUUUGAUCCUAAUCGCUUGUGGGACAAGCUACCACGCAGGCGUCGCUACUCGCCAAGUACUGGAAGAACUGACGGAGCUGCCCGUCAUGGUGGAGCUGGCCAGUGACUUCUUGGACAGAAAUACUCCCGUCUUCCGCGAUGAUGUCUGCUUCUUCAUCAGCCAGUCAGCAGGGGAGACGGCCGACACCUUGAUGGCCCUUCGGUACUGCAAGGAAAGGGGAGCCCUCACGGUGGGCAUCACCAACACCGUCGGGAGCUCCAUUUCACGGGAGACGGACUGUGGGGUGCAUAUCAACGCAGGGCCAGAGAUCGGGGUGGCCAGCACAAAGGCCUACACGAGCCAGUUUGUCUCCCUCGUAAUGUUUGCGCUCAUGAUGUGCGACGACAGAAUUUCUAUGCAAGAACGGCGGAAAGAAAUCAUGCGAGGCCUCAAGUUGUUGCCAGGCUCGAUCAAGGAAGUGCUGAGCAUGGACGACGAGAUCCAGAAGCUGGCCACUGAGCUCUACCAACAGAAGUCCGUCCUCAUUAUGGGGAGGGGGUAUCACUACGCGACCUGCCUGGAAGGCGCCCUGGUGAGCAUCCUCUUGAACCCGCAGCCGCCACACCAGUUGGGGAGGGAAACGCUCCUCGUCCCUUGGGGGGGCGAGUACAGUGGGUGAAAAGAGAAG